AUGCAAAGAAUGUGGGUGACGAUCAUGUUAGCUUUGAUAGUACUAUCAAUAUCUAUACAAACAAAGGGAAAUGAGAAAGUAAAUGAUCUUGCUCGUGCUCCCUCGUUGACACUAGCACCUCAAUCAGAGAAUGGAGUAUUGCCUAAGCCUCUACCUUGUUUAAACGACUUUAAACUAAUUUCAAAUUGUACAAAAGCAGUGAAGCAUUUCCAAAUCAAAAGGGUCACAAAAAACUGUUGUAUCAUCCUACUCAAUCUUCCAGAAGAUUGUUUUGGUCGUUUAUUCGCCAUGAAGUGGAUCUAUCGUACUGUCCUUACGAUUGCUUGCAAAGCACUAGGUUACAUUAAAUAA